AUGACGCUGCUUCUCGAAGACAGUGCGCUGCCUCCUGCAAUGCAGCGCGACGGUGUGACACGCUCAACGCUUGCCAAAGCCCGCGACAACCCAUUACGAGCAGGACGUUAUAUUUGUGACAGUAAGUGCCACGCUCAUGAGUGGAUGCCACUGGAAGGAGUUCGACCGCAUGGUGACGAUCUGUGCCAGGCGCUGCUUUGUUGGAAGAGUAAAGACUUUACCAUCGUGGAAGUCGAACAACCAGAUUCCAGUGUGAGUCUCCGCUAUCGCGCAAGAUGGUGCUUGUCUUGGGUCGAGACGCAGCAACAACUUAUGUCUCGAGCUCUCGAGUCAACACGAUGA